UAGCGGGCUAAUGGGUCUCUCUAGGGACAGAGGGGAGCCAGUGGACCCGGACUCAGUCCAGGUUUUUUUGGGCGGUCGCUGUGUAGUUUUGAGCGGGUGAAUGGUAGCCAUGGAGAUAUCUAGACGGAACAUUUUAAACCCCGAGCGAGGGGAUUUAAACGCCGUUUAUCAACGGCUCACGACAGCAUAGCAACGAUGGAUUUGUUGUCACUGUCGACGAUAGUUAGCUUCUGGUUGUUUUUGUUUUAUCCACUUGGAAAGUCGCUACUCUCAUAACCUGUUAGCUAUUGACCACUUCUUUUUUUUAAAUCGUUUUUUUUUAGCUAUAGUCAGCUAGAUAGAUAUAUUUGUAUUUUCCAAAAUUGAGUACACGUUACAUGUUUGUCCAAUUGUGUAAUUUUAGCUAACUAGCUAGCUACAUUAACUUAGGGUUAACGUUAGCAAACUAGCUUACAACAAAAGUGGCUUAACACUUUGUUUUUGUCUAACUGCAUUGUUUUUCUAUGUCCUCUCACAGAUCAGUUUGAAACACCAGACCAGUCACCUGGUGAAUAUUUGUGUUUCUACAUCUGAAAGGGAGUAUGGAGCAGUGUCUCAGACCAGAUGUCAAUUUCCACAAAGACCAGCAAUAUGGAGCUUGUCAAGACAGUGGAUACCUGGACAGUGGUUACAGCUCUAAAAUUGAGUUCGGAGACGAUUUUAACCUCUCACGGUGUUGUUCUUCAGACGGUUUUCAUGAAACGCCUAAAGAGAACGUUUCACAGAAAUGCGAACCUCUGUCACCCAGCAAGAACAGACAAAAAGAGGGCGUCAGAAGUCCACAGAGAGACAUUCUGAAGAACGGCUGGUGUGAAACUCCUAAAGUAUCCAGGAGAGAGCCGUUGCUGAGACGGCGUCUCCUUAUGUCUAAAUCUGCCACCGAGGGUAAAACUACAGACGAUACAGAAACACCAUGCACUAAAAGGACAGACUCGUCAGCGAAUGGGAGAACUGAACACUGCUCAAAUGUGGUCUUUGACUCACCAGAUGCCUUUACUAUUGGAGCUUUGGCUACAAGCACUUUAAAACCAGAAGAUGUGCUUCUCUCCGGCAGGAAACUGCGCCUCCUCUUCUCUCUUGUAAAAACCUCAACACUUGAAGAUGGUAAAUGCAACAUGACCAACGUCACUCUCUUUGAGAGAAAGGCGUUUGCUACGUCGCUCUCAGAUGCAGACCUGGGAGAGAGCAGUGUCCUCUCAGACCUCUCUACCACUGAUAUGCUGGAAACCCCACACUGUAACAGAAUAACACCCUCGGUGAAAGACAAUUUCCAGACUCCAGUCAACAACAGCGUAGCGGCUGACCUCUCAGACAGCCUGAGUAUCCUGAGCACCCCUACUCCUAAAUACCACUUUGACACCCCCUCCUCCACCCCUACUCAUAAACACUAUGACCGCUCUGUGUCUGAGGACAGCGGCUUCAGCUCCUUGGCUCUGGAUAAAUCCCAGGACUCCACGCUAGACAAUGAUGGUUCCUUCCAGGAGAUGCUGCUGUCGUCAUCAGGUAGCUCCAGGUGCAAGGAGACCCCCAGCAGGCUGGCUGAGAUGAAGAGGAGGUCCAGACUGGAACGCCAGCGUCGCCUCUCCACUCUCCGAGAGGGGGGUUCCCAGUCUGAGGGGGACCGGGACGUGAGGAACCUGGCAGCCCACAGAGCUCAUCGCAGAGAGAAGAACCUGAUAUCCCAGGGACAUCUGGAGCGCGGCAUCUUCAAAGAGGAUGACGACAGUGACGUCUUCCUGGAUGUGACGCCGCCGAAAACAACCACUGCUAAGCUAGAGGACCUGUCCUUCACGCCGGCCCUACAGAUGGUCCAGGCCAUGUCCCAGAGGACAUCCAGGAUGUUGCUGGAGCACACCAGUCUGGAGGAACUGCUGAGGGUCUCUGAGAAGGAGACCUUCAGGACCGACAUGCCCCUGGCUGGGCUGAUCGGCAGGAAGAUGGGCCUGGGGAAGGUAGACAUCUUUACUGAGCUAAAGAAGAAGAAUCUCAGACACAUCCUGGCUAAGAUCCUCAAUCAGCUGUCCUCUGAAGAUGUCUAUAGGGUUGGUCAGGUGUCCCAUAGCUGGAAUGAGAUCAUAGUUCAGAACAAGAUGUCCAGCCGCAGGAGGAGAGACUACCUGAAGGACGUCAAGGCAGCUCUGGAGCUUGGCAGUGCAGUCCACGUCCCUGAUGCAGAGACCAGGUUGACCCUGCUGAGCCGGUCUGUCCUGAAGUCAGUCCAGGCCCAGUCCAGGACCCCCAGUACCAGCAUCCGUGGUACCCCCCAGUCAGGAACGGCCACUUUAACCCCCGUCCAGCACAACUCAGCCAGCAAACAGAACCUGUUCAUACAGGUGAGUCCAGGCCCAGUCCAGGACCCCCAGUACCAGCACAACUCAGCCAGCAAACAGGACCUGUUCAUACAGGUGGCCAAAACCCUCUUCACUGACGAAUGUCUGAAGCCCUGCCCUCGAUGCCGCCACCCUGCUAGGUGUCACUCUGUGAAAAUGGAGGGUGUUUGUAGCAGCGUCGACUGCGGCUUCCAGUUCUGUACCAGCUGCCUUUGUGCCUUCCACGGGUCCAAAGAAUGCGCCAGCCUGUCGGCCAAACGACGCAGCAAGAAGGACGUUCUUCCCGGGAGCGCUCAGAGCAAACGCAAUGUCAGGAGAUUGUGAAUGUGUUUUUUUAUGUGUAGUUGUUUUUGUAAUUAUUUGUACUUCCUGUUCCCUUUUUUAAAAAAUUUGUUUAGCUUGGAUGUGUUUUUAAUUAUGGGUCGGAGAGGAGCACUGCCAGUAGAAUCGAUCAGAGAUGAAAUGGUUACUGAAUGCUGGGCUCCUCCCGAGCUAAUUCAUUGACGUACAAGAAUGUUGUCUCUUCUCUUCCCAACUGAAUUUUCAUGGGUUUUAUAUGAAUGUUUCUGUAUACUACUGUAUAUUGUCUACAUUUACACACAUUUAUUUUAAUAAAGUUGUACUUUUUACAUA